UUUCCGGCCGGUGGUGCUGCCCGGGCUGCCAGGAGACGUGUAACGGACGGUGGGCCGCAGCCAUGGCCGAGAGGAAACCUAACGGGGGCGGCGGUGCCGCCAACACCUCCUCAUCGGGCACUAACUUACUCUUUUCCUCCUCGGCCACGGAAUUCAGCUUCAACGUGCCCUUCAUCCCAGUCACCCAAGCCGCCGCUGCCUCGGCCUCCUUGCUCCUGGCCGGAGAGGAUUCCACAGAUGUCGGUGAGGAGGACAGCUUUCUCGGUCAGACUUCUGCUCACACAUCUACCCCACAGACAUUUAGUUACUUCUCUCAGGUAUCAAGCAGUAGUGAUCCUUUUGGGAAUAUUGGACAGUCACCAUUAACAACUGUGGUAGCGUCAGCUGGACACUCAGCAUUCUCCAAGUCCCCGGCUGACCUCCCUUUUACAACUGGAUCCCAAGAUGUGUUGAAUGCAUGUUCACCACCCAUUUCGAAGACUCAGUAUGGUGCUCCGCCUUCUUCACAGAUGGGAAUGAAUACUUACCUGCCUUCUCACCCGAGUAGUCUCCCUCCUUCCAACUUUGGGAGCCCACCACAGGGAACACCACAACAAGGCCACAAUCCAUAUCGUCAUACCCCUGUGAGCAGCAGGGCCAAUCCUUACAUUGCACCACCACAGCUGCAACAGUGCCAAACACCAGGCCAUCCCGCCCAUGCUCCCCACCCUGGGCCCCCUGUUCAGUUGUACCAGAUGCCUGGAGGAUCUUUGCCACCGAUUCCUCCUUCAGUGCCAUCAGGGUUGACCCCUCCAAUGCAACAGCAGGCCCUUGCUAGACCUGCAGGUCCCUCUGUGCAAGUGCCACCUCCUUUUCUACUUCAAAACCAAUACGAACCUGUUCAGCCCCACUGGUUUUACUGCAAGGAGGUAGAAUACAAACAACUAUGGAUGCCUUUCAGUAUGUUUGACUCUUUGAAUCUUGAAGAAAUCUAUAAUUCAGUCCAGCCAGACCCUGAGAGCGUGGUUCUAGGCACGGAUGGAGGGCGCUAUGACGUGUAUCUCUAUGACCGAGUGAGGAAGGCUGUGUACUGGGAGGAGGAGCCCACUGAAGUGAGACGCUGUACUUGGUUUUAUAAAGGGGACACAGACAGCAGAUUUUUUCCCUAUACCGAGGAGUUCAGUGAAAAACUAGAGGCUGAAUAUAAAAAAGCAGUAACCACGAAUCAGUGGCACCGUAGGUUAGAGUUCCCGAGUGGAGAGACAAUCGUUAUGCACAAUCCAAAGGUUAUUGUUCAGUUCCAGCCUUCGUCAGUGCCAGAUGAAUGGGGAACCACACAAGAUGGACAGACAAGGCCCAGGGUUGUAAAGCGUGGAAUUGAUGAUAACCUUGAUGAGAUACCUGACGGGGAAAUGCCUCGGGUUGAUCAUUUGGUGUUCAUGGUACAUGGUAUUGGACCAGUGUGUGACUUGCGCUUUAGAAGCAUUAUUGAAUGUGUGGAUGAUUUUAGGGUGGUUUCCCUGAAAUUGCUGCAGACACAUUUCAAGAAAUCUUUAGACGACCGGAAAGUAAGCAGAGUGGAAUUCCUUCCGGUUCACUGGCAUAGUUCCUUGGGUGGGGAUGCCACAGGCGUUGACAGGAAUAUUAAGAAAAUCACUUUACCAAGUAUUGGUCGGUUUCGUCAUUUUACCAAUGAGACCUUGCUAGAUAUUUUAUUUUACAAUAGCCCCACCUACUGUCAGACAAUCGUGGAAAAAGUGGGAAUGGAGAUAAACCGUCUUCAUGCACUUUUUAUGAGUCGGAAUCCAGACUUCAAAGGAGGAGUCUCUGUUGCUGGUCACAGUUUAGGUUCUUUAAUAUUGUUUGACAUCCUGUCUAAUCAAAAGGAUUUGAAUUUGUCAAAGUCUCCUGGGGCUUUUCCUGUUGCUAAUGGAGUUGUGAAGCAGCCACGUUUUCAGGAAAAGCAGAUGCCUGAUGAGCCAAAGUUGACUUUGGAUGAGUCUUGUGACCUUGACAUUGAAAAUGAAGAAGUCCUAAGUUUGCAGGAAACUCUGGAAGCACUUAGCCUCUCUGAAUAUGUUAGCACUUUUGAAAAGGAAAAGAUUGAUAUGGAAUCUCUGCUUAUGUGUACGGUUGAUGACCUGAAGGAAAUGGGCAUACCCCUUGGACCCAGAAAGAAGAUCGCUAACUUUGUAAAACAGAAAGCAUUUAAACUGGAACAGAAAAAAGCAGCAUUAGGAAAGAAGGCAGUGAUGGCCGCUUCGACAAAGGGACAAGAGGAAAGUGCUCAGAAAGCUAAAGAAAUGGCUUCCCUCCCCUCAGAAUCUCACGAGUCUAAGAGGAAACUUCCAGUUGGUGCUUAUGUGUCUUCUGUGCAUGUUGAUUAUGAGUCUUUUGAAGUUGGCACUGGACAGGUUUCUGUUGUUUACAACUCAUUAGACUUUGAGCCAGAGAUUUUCUUUGCCUUGGGAUCUCCAAUUGGUAUGUUUCUCACUAUUCGAGGAGUGGAUAGGAUAGAUGAGAACUACAGGCUUCCUACGUGUAAAGGAUUCUUCAAUAUUUAUCAUCCACUUGAUCCAGUGGCGUAUAGAUUAGAGCCUAUGAUUGUUCCAGAUUCGGACCUGAAAGCGGUUCUCAUUCCACAUCACAAAGGCAGAAAAAGACUUCAUUUAGAGUUGAAAGACAGUCUCUCUCGUAUGGGAUCUGAUUUGAAGCAGGGUUUUAUUAGCUCCCUGAAAAGUGCUUGGCAGACAUUAAACGAGUUUGCCCGCGCUCACACCUCUUCAACUCAGCUACAAGAAGAACUGGAAAAAGUGGCCAAUCAAAUCAAAGAAGAAGAAGAAAAACAAGUAGUUGAAGCAGAAAAGAUUGUUGAAAGUCCAGAUUUUUCCAAGGAUGAGGACUACUUAGGAAAGGUUGGAAUGCUAAACGGAGGCCGCCGAAUUGACUACGUUCUUCAAGAAAAGCCAAUAGAGAGUUUUAAUGAAUAUCUUUUCGCUCUUCAGAGUCAUUUAUGCUACUGGGAAUCUGAAGAUACUGCCCUGUUGUUACUUAAAGAAAUUUAUCGAACAAUGAACAUUAGUCCAGAACAGCCCCAGCAUUGAUUGGACUUCAGUGUCACUGUAAAGUUGGAGUAGAAAUUACAUUGCUGAGAAAACUCUCAGAGGACAUUCCCAUUUUGCUCCUGUGAUGGAUGACAGAAAAGUGGUUCAUCAACAUUGGCUCAGAAAGAAUUCUCACAAGUAGGAAGUCAUUUAAAAGAAAACCUACAGAACAAAAAGCCAAUGAAGAAAAUCAGUACCACCUUUGGACAGUAUAGAUAAGAAAAUGUAAUUUUAAAAAUGAUGCAGUUAAAAAUUCCUCAGAUCAGGUUAGUUGUACAGCUGUCAAAGUAAUGCGUGAUAUCAAUGAAGAAAUAUUUGUGGCAUGCAGACGGUUAUUUCUGUUUCUUAAAGACCUAUUGUCAAUGGGCUAUUAAACUUGAUUUUUUUUUUUAUUAAUGUAGUAUGUUCUUUUAUUCAAGUAUGGACUUCUUGAGAAACCAUAGUUAUAUGAUUUUCCAAAAAUUUAUGUUCUACUUUAAAUGUGAGUUGUAGUUCCCAGCUGCUUUACUGAGGGGUCAUUUGUGUCUAAGAGGAAGUAGCCAAAAUUGCUGAUAUUCCAGGUUGAAUCUGAGGUCUUAUGAAGCCUUUCAAGCGCUCGGUGAGCCUGUAGUUGUGGAAGUGAGAUGCUCCUGCAGCACAGAAGUCCUGGGAGGUGCUCUCCCGGGACAUCCAUGUCCGCUAGUGGGGUCGUUGGGGGGCAAACGGGAGGCUUUCCAUUUUGUCAUCUGAGUUAGCUGUGCAGUUGCCUCGUUGCUAAACUUUCAAUUAAUGUGAGAACCAAAGUAGAGUUUCUUGGUUUU